AUGAACCUGUUUAUGCAUAAUGCCAAUGUUGGUCUAUUUGGGCUCCUGGGGGCUAAGGUUAAGAGACAAACAGCCCAGAGGGCUGCUCUUAACUUGUGUAAUGGAUGGGCGUUUAGUACAAAUUUAUCCCACCACCCUGGGGGGAGAAUUUGGUUAGUGUGGAAACCAAUGCUAUAUAAUGUCAACAUAGUGUUAGUGUCAUCCCAACUAAUACAUUGUGAAAUGGGACAUAGAGGUACGAAUCAUACAUUUUGGUUUACUAUAGUGUAUGGGUUCAACGAUCAAGUGCUAAGGAGAGAAUUAUGGCAACAAAUUGAAGGGAUCCAUGGAACGGUGAGUGGAGCAUGGGCUAUCAUGGGGGACUUCAAUUGUGUACUUAAUAGAGAAGAAAGGGUGGGCAGUCCGAUGACUUUGGCCGAAGUAAGGGAAUUUAAACAGUGUGUGGGGAAAUGUUCGUUCCACGACCUCAAAUCGUCUGGGGCAUUCUACACUUGGAAUAACAAACAUCGGGAUGCAACUAGAGUAUAUAGUAAGAUUGACAGAGUCUUGGUAAAUUCACAAUGGAUUACCAACUUACCUGCCUCCGAAGUACAGUUUAGUAAUGAAGGACAUCAUGGGGGAAAAAGAUUUCGAUACUAUAAUAUGUGGAGGUUGGCUGACAACUUCAAGGAAAUAGUGAAAAGGGAUUGGGAGAGGAAUAUAUCAGGCACAUAUAUGUUUAAACUGGUUGGGAAGUUGAACAGAUUAAAAGCACCACUUCGGGCAUUACAUAGUGACAAAUUUAGCAAUGUGGAGCAGAAUGCAGAAAGGGCUCGAAGGGCACUUGACGUCUGCCAAUCAGACUUGCAAAAUAAUCCCACAAACGUGAACUUAAUGGCUAAUGAGAGGAGACUGGCUGAGGAUUACCAGACAUGGAAAGUGGCAAGGGGACAAUAUCUACAACAAAAAUGCAAGGUACAUUGGUUAAAGGUCAGGGAUCAUAAUACCAAGUUACUUUCAUAG